AUGGUGCACUCCUUACCCUUGACCGGCUUUGUCGUCAUCGUCUUGGUGAUCAAAUGGCUAUGGAAGUGGUUCUCCUCGCAGGCUUCGACGACUCGCUCCAAGGGCGAUGAAUAUGAUGCCACGCGCAUGCCACCGUAUCCCAGUGAGCCGAUCAAGGGUCGGGAAAAGUUCCACAUCACCAUGGGGCUGCGGAAGCUCGACGAAUGGAAUUGGUUGACCGUCGACAAGAACUACAUGAAGGAGCACGAGGUCCGGGAUGCCCUCCUUCGAGACGAGCGGGAGAACGUCUUCCAAUGCCUUCCAGAGUCAAAGGAAGCCUGUGCAGAGGCCUUGGAAGACGUGGUCAACUUCCUCUGCAAGCGUUUCCCGGGCAUGUUUGAGCAGAAGAAGCGUGGCUCCGACACGGAGAUCCACAAUAAGAAGACCGGGGAAAAGUUUGUCUUCGGGUCGAACAACACGAUGGAGCCGCUGGAGAUUGCGGUGCGGCUGACCAUGGAAGACCUGAGCAUUUUGAUGAAGAAUGACGAGGGCGAGUACUAUCUCGAGCGCCAGUCUGUUUCCUGUGGGCUGGAGGGUGCAGGACCGGAUUGGAUGGACGAUCUCCCGCCUGCAUGGGCCUGUACCGCAAUGGCGCGAAAAGAUUGGCCAUUCAGUGAACAAAUUCAUGUGCCGUUUGACGCCAGAAUCGCCGAUGGAGCGCUCCAACUACUUUCUGGAGAUCCGCCAGCCGGGCGAGGACUUGUCGUCGACGCUCUUCCGGCCGGACGGACUGAUGGAGCAGGAGCUCAGCCCGUGGCCGGACGACAUUCUCAUCCGACGGGAGCGACAGACGUUUCGGCGGCUGCCCCGGACGGGAGCGCUGCUAUUCAGUGUCAAGACGACACUGACGACGCUGAGCGAGCUGCCGCUGCAAGAGGUGCAGAAUCUGGCGACGGAGAUUAG